CCGUAUCUAUAAUUGAAACCAAAACGGAUAUCCCACCAUGUACGACGCUGGACUGCAGGAGACCAGUCCGCCGUAUGCCAUUUUUCUGGGCAGCUUUGGCGCCGCCUGUGCCAUUAUAUUCCCCGCCCUGGGCGCCUCCUAUGGCACGGCCAUGUCCGGCAUGGGCAUUGCCCAGAUGGCCGUGGCCAAGCCCGAGAUGCUCAUGAAGUCACUCAUACCCGUGGUCAUGGCCGGCAUUAUUGCCAUCUACGGGCUGGUUGUCUCCGUGCUGAUCGCCGGCUCCAUCAACGAGGCCUACAGCAUUCACGAUGCCUUCGUGCAUCUCGGCGCGGGAUUGUCCGUGGGUUUGCCAGGACUCGCGGCAGGAUUCGCCAUUGGCAUUGCUGGCGACGCUGGUGUUCGGUGCACCGGCCAGCAGCCGCGACUCUUUGUGGGCAUGAUUCUGAUUCUGAUCUUUGCCGAGGUCUUGGGGCUCUACGGCCUGAUCGUCGCCAUUUAUUUGUACACGAAAAUUUAGGCUUGGCUCUUUUUUUUAUUGCACAAUAAAAGCGGCCAAUAAUAUUA